AUGGCGAUAUCAAGCCUUCUUGUGACCCUUGCACUAGUCGUCAAGAGCAUCCAUGCCUCGCCAACCAAUUCCAGCGCCGUUCCACUGGCUACGGUUCUGAAUGGAACUUAUGCUGGGCUCUACCUACCCACUUUCAAUCAGGAUGUCUUUCUUGGCAUGCCUUAUGCGCAGGAUACCGGUGGACCGAACCGCUUUCGAAUCCCUCAAGCCGUCAAUGAGAAGUGGGACGGAAUUCGAGAUGCGAAGAAUUACAGUAUGGCCUGUCCGGAUAUCUCCCCGGAGGAUUGGGUUUAUGGUGUCGGGGAGGAUUGUCUGAGUAUUAAUGUCGUGAGACCGGCUGGGGUGGAUCUGAAGGAGGGGGAGAGGUUGCCUGUGGCUGUUUGGAUUCAUGGUAAGUCCAUUGAUCGAGUGGUAGGGGAUGUGCUGAUGUCGUGGUGUAGGUGGAAGCUAUCAGACUGGGACAAGCAGUCUGCAGAAUCACAAUCUGUCGUAUAUAGUGGAUAGAUCUGUGGAGAUUGGAAAACCCAUCUUGGCGACGAGUAUUAAUUAUCGAAAAGGAGGCUGGGGAAUGAUGUAUAGUAGGGAAAUACAGGUGACUACUUCCCUUCUCCGAGCUCUGUAGUAUGCCAGCGACUGAAGAUCAUCAUAGGGUUCCGGUAAUACCAAUCUCUCCCUUCGAGAUAUGCGAAAGGCUCUAGCUUGGAUCUCAGAGAACAUCCACGCUUUCGGCGGCAACAGUUCGCAAGUGACAAUCUGGGGCGAAUCAGCCGGAUCUUUCGCGAUCGGCCAACUACUCAUGACCUAUGGCGGUCGCUCCGACAAUCUCUUCCACGGCUUCAUUCAGGAAUCGGGCAGUGCGGCUACGGCUUGGUAUAACGGCUCGGAUUGGUAUCAACCCAUCUACGACAAAAUUGUCAACCAGGUCGACUGUACCGACGCCAUCGACACGCUGGAAUGUCUGCGCACAGUCCCCUAUGAGGAUCUGUAUCCCUUCAUGAACUCCUCCACCGUCGCCGGCCCAGGCUUCUACCCGACUGUAGACGGAGACAUCAUCCCCAACUAUCCCACCAUCCUCCUCGCCGAAAACCGCUUCGCGCACAUUCCCCACCUCUACGGCACGAAUUCCGACGAGGGCACGGCCAACGCCCCCUCGGACAACAUCAUCAACACAGACGACGACCUCCGCUGGUACCUCCGCACCCAGACGGGCUUCAACUUCCCGAAUUCCACCAUCGAAACGCUCUUGACCCUCUACCCGGACGACCCCGCCCUGGGAAUCCCCCUGAACACCGGCCCCGAGCGCUUCGCAGCCCAUGGCGCCCAGUAUAAACGCAUCGCGGCCAUCCUGGGCGAUGUCUUCUACCACGCGCCGCGCCUCGCGGACGCCAGGGCGUAUUCCGCCUCCGGCGAUCGGACGUACAUCUACCGCUUCAACACGCGUCCAUUUUCCGGCACGACGCCGGCCUGGCAGGGCGUGGCGCAUUUCAGCGAAGUGGCGUUUGUUUUCAAUAAUCCGACGGAUAUCGGUCCUUUUUUGGGGGGUUAUGAAGCUCUUGGGAAGACGAUGAGCGCGCUGUGGAUUUCUUUCAUUCGUGCGGGGGAUCCUAAUGGGGUGGGAUUGCCCUUGUGGCCGGAAUAUGGAUAUGGAUAUGGCAAUGGGGAUGGGAGUGGGAAGGGGAAGGAUCUGGUGUUGCAGACGGAGGCGCAAGGGGGCUGUGUGGUGGAAGAGGAUGUGUGGCGGUUGGAAGGGCGGGAGUUUUUGAGUCGGUGGGCGAGGAGGCGGCAUGUGUAA